CACACCUUAUGACCCAUUAGUGCAGCAGCAGCCGGAGACCCAUGGAGUCUGUUCCUGCCUAUGAAAGCUUGACCACCUCCAAUGACGCCAACAAUGAAACAUCAUCUGCUUGCUACAAAUCUAUUCGAAUGGACCUCUUUGUCCACUAUUCUCUGAUCCCUGCGGUUUUAAUUACACUUAUAUUAUCCUAUCUACAACGACAAGCAAAACAUGAAAAAACGAUGGAAAAGAUACCACUGGGCAAGAGAUUUGGCAUUGUUGUGCCUGUGAAUUUCAUAAGCAGUUACUCAAACAGAUGGUCUUACGGUGCCGCAUGUGGAGCUACAGCUACAACUGUUUUUCUCUUGUUCUUCGAUGAAUAUUCCAAUUACUUUAACUUUGUUGCACCAACCUGGGCCAAAGCUCUAGUCUAUCUUCUGUCUGCACUGGAGGUUGGGCUGGAUUAUUAUCCUUUCUUUGCCUGCUUAUCUACAGACCACAGAUUAAUAGGUUCAGCCCUAGGAUUUUGCUACUCGCUCUGUUGGUUUUGUGUACAACUGGCGAAUAUUCUUCAAUGUCAAAAACUAGCUCAUGCCUCAGUCAUACUCAUCUUCACACCAGUCCCAUCUCUAGCUUGCUGCCUAUUUCUCAUGGGGAGAUUUCUACAACUGUUGAUAAUAGCAGCGCUAUCUCUGUACAGACAGUUGGAGAGAAAGGAGGAAGAGGAGCCUCUUUUACCUCAACACUUGACCAACUAUGUCAGAAAUGUCCUAAAAUCUGCUCCUGAAAUAAAUGACCAGAAACCUUGUCAAAGAUGGAGGAUUUAUGCAUGGGAUACACAUUUUAAAUUUCCCACCAGGAUGAUAGUGACGGCGGUGCUCGGUUUGAUCUGUUUGUACAAUUUUGUCCUUGUAGAUUUAUUUGUCUCGCCAAAAGCUGUGAAAGGCCUGGACAGCUGGAUACUGAGAACGGUUAACCUCUCCAUUUUCAACCAGACUAAAGGGGUAUUACUAUUGCUAAGAGAUUGCUGGUUUUAUUCGACCUUUCCGUCUGCUUUUACAAGUGUUAUCUAUGUCCUGCAUGUGCUGUCAAGCUACAGAAAAGAAAUGAAGAAACUUUAUAAAGGUGUCUCAGAUAUUUCGAGUGCGGGUCGACCUGCUGUAGUCCUGGCAGCCAGUAUCCGAUAUACUGGAAAUCAGAUUGCAUAUUUGCUGUGGGGAUACUUUCUACUGCACAUCAUGUUCUUCUUGAAAAGUCUGAUUAUAACAUUCUGGUUUGUCAUCCCAAUCAAAGAGGGGAAAGGAAUGCUGAUUUUUCAGAUCUUCGGUUAUACAGUGUUGGGAAUAAUCAUCAUGAUAGCUGUGAUUCUUGCUCAGAUCUUGGCAGCACAUUUCCUUUUCCUACAAGACAAAAUCUCACCAAACAAUAAGAACAAGCCAUUGGCUAUCAAUAACAGAUUUUUGGCAACGGAAAUCAUUUUCUUCUCUGCAUUUUGA